AUGGGAGAACUUACAACUCAGAUGACAACCAGUGAUCUGUUGCGACGCCAUAUCCGGACAUAUCACCCGCAGAGACAAGCGCCGCCAUCUCGAAAAACUAGGGCAUGCAGUGCAUGUCAUGCGCGCAAAGUCCGCUGCGACGGUGUACUACCAUGCAAUGCCUGUCAACAUCGAGGCGUUAUAUGUGUACCUGCUGGGAGUGAAACCGCAAGCGAACAAAGGUUUUGCAUCGAUGAUCUCUACUCUUUGCCACCUGUUUCCACGAUUAAUGAUUCCGUUUCUGACGCUCCCCGAUGGAUUGCUCACGACUAUAUCGAUAUUUACUUUAAUGAUUUCCAUUCAGCAUGGCCGUUUCUCCAUCCGGGAACAUUUGACUUCGCCAAGGAACCUUGUGUACUUGUUCAAUCCGUUGUUGCAAUUGGCCUGUGGGUGAAAGGGACUCAGGAAGCGCGAGAUGCGUCAAUACGUCUGCAUAGUAGACUGUGUUCUGCAUUUUACGCUCAAAUGGACCAAUGGUGCAUCUCUAACUCGAGUCCACGCCAAUACGCAAAUACCUCGUGGCCCAUAACAACAUUUCAGAGUGUGCUCUUGAAUAUCAUCCUUGCGCUUUUCAUUGCAAGAGAGCAUGUUAGUAUGGAUUGGAGCAUGCGAUGCCGAUUGCCAGACGACAAAUACGACCUCUUAGCUGCGCUUGUUCAAAGCUGUCGACGGUGGGGUAUUUUCUACUACCCUAACAUGCUUCUGCAACACGAAGUCGAUGCACCCCUCGCGCUUAUAUAUGUGAACGUUGAAGAGAUCAAGAGAUUUGGACUAGCCCUCUAUAAGGUGUGCCGAUUGUCAACCUUCGAGUUGACCGGAGACAGUGCCAAUAGUGGCAGAAACGAUCUAUUGACCCUAGCCGACUUGUCCUUUUGCAUGCCAGACAGUGAUGAGCUAUGGAAUGCUCCAUUGGGCGAGGAGUCCGAGGUAUUAAACAAGACUAAUUCGUCAGCAGCCGCACGAGACAAUGGAGAUGCGAAAAACUGGAUAUCUCAAGCAUCUGCUGUUGUAAAUGACGCACGAGUUGGCUUUGAUUGGAUAUAG